UUUAACAGCUAAAGCUAUAAUGAAAGGAACAGAAGCCCAACAAGAGAAUUUAACGGGAAUUUCACUUGCUAAACAAAAAACAAUGGAAUUAAAUGAAAAACUUGAUUAUUUAUCUUCUGAUUCUAAAGGAAAAUAAGCUGAACAACAUUUUCAAUAUUUUGAAGAAGAGUUGGUUGUUGCAUUUUAGAGUUUGUUCAAGAGAUUAUCAAAAAGCAAAAGCAAUUCCUUCAAUAAUGACUGGAAGAGAUGUUAUUGGAAUUUCAAAAACUGCAAGUGGAAAAAAACAUUUUGGAUCAACAACCAUUGGAAGAUAUGGACGGGCCUAUCGCUUUAUUCAUGUUCCCGACAAGGGAACUUGCUUUACAAACAUGGAAAGAAGCAAGUAAAUUUGCUAGAAAUUUGAGAAUACGUGUUGUUUGUGUUUAUGGAGGUGUUGCAAUAUUUGGACAAAUUGCGGAAUUAAAAAAAGGGAGCUGAAGUUGUGGUAUGCACACCUGGAAGGAUGAUUGAUAUGCUUGCGGCUAAUAAUAGGUUUUUUUAUUUUUUUAAAGCAAUUUGUUAAUUCAUCCUAUAAAUCAGUUAAACCUCGUAAAUUUAAAUUUUUACCCGGAGCGGAUUCGAACCUGCGACUUUUUC